GAGGGUUUGUGGGAAGUAGGGCCUUUUCUUUCCGUCGCUGGGCGCCAUCAGCAGGUAGACAGACAUGGGUGCCUACAAGUACAUCCAGGAGCUCUGGAGGAAGAAGCAGUCGGACGUGAUGCGGUUCUUGCUGCGCGUGCGCUGCUGGCAGUACCGCCAGCUGUCGGCCUUGCACCGCGCCCCGCGCCCCACGCGGCCGGACAAAGCCCGCAGGCUGGGAUACAAGGCCAAGCAAGGUUACGUUAUCUACCGUGUCCGUGUCCGCCGUGGUGGCCGCAAACGCCCAGUCCCCAAAGGUGCAACCUAUGGUAAACCUGUGCAUCAUGGUGUUAACCAGCUCAAGUUUGCCCGGAGUCUUCAGUCUGUAGCAGAGGAACGUGCUGGCCGUCACUGUGGGGCUCUGAGAGUCUUGAACUCCUAUUGGGUGGGUGAAGAUUCCACUUACAAGUUCUUUGAAGUGAUCCUGAUUGAUCCCUUCCAUAAGACCAUCAGGCGGAACCCCGACACCCAGUGGAUCACCAAGCCCGUCCACAAGCACAGAGAGAUGCGUGGGCUCACAUCAGCUGGGCGCAAGAGCCGUGGGCUUGGCAAGGGCCACAAAUUCCACCACACCAUCGGUGGCUCGCGCCGUGCGGCCUGGAGAAGGCGCAACACCCUGCAGCUGCACCGCUACCGCUAAUUCUUGUAAACGUGGCCGUCUAAUAAAGAUCAUGCAGGUUGUUCAAUUUAACAGUGCUUCUGCUGCUUCUUGGGUUACGUGGAUAAGCGUGGAAUUUUUACAGGAGUUAAGGUGUUCCCAUGUUUUGACAGGCUUUUGAAAAUGUAAUUUUAUACUUGUGAAGAUUGUAGGCUUUGAGUAUAGAAUUUUGUGAUGGGCUUCACUUGAUAACAUGGAAGGACGUGUGCAAUGUAUAUUGAAAGCCCAAGCGCUGGUCCCUGUUCUUUUUUCUCUUGGUCUGAGUUUGUUUAGUCACCGUUUGUAGGUUGGGGUCUGUUGUCCUCUGCUUGGACUGAUGGCCAGCUUUGAUCUUGUGCAAUGAGAUGUAAACUGAAAGCGCUCAUUUCUUUUUUUAUAGGCAAUUAAAUACUAAUGGCUAUUUUA